AUGGAUCUUCAAUCGGUAUUUAUUUUCCUAUGUUACGUUUCUUUUACAAAUGGUCUUCUGAAUCAGGGAACAGAUUCCAAUCAUGGUGUUCCAGCUAGUAUCAAUUUAGAUCAGGAACAAGCUAUUUUGAAAAACGAAUUUGCUGCCCUUCUCGAUCAAGUGACAACUUUACAUAAGGAUAUAUCUACGUUGACGAGUAAACAACAAACUAUGGAGAUCGAGCUGACGAAAGAAAAACAACUCAGAGCUUCUGUAGAAAAUGAGGUUCGGCAGCUCCGAGAAUCGUACACAAACUGUAACAAAACCUUGGAUAGAAUGUCACUGGAGAUUAAGGACCUGGAGUCAACCAAAGUUGGUUAUAAAAAUGAUUCUGAUUUACAUGAAGUUUUGAAACACGAAAAACAGUCAGUAAUGUUCGAAGUUGAGCAAGUGAUAAAUGAAAAAUUCCAAAACGAUCAAAAUAUAUCGAACGUUAUGUUACAACUAAAAGAUAUACAAGCUAAGAUAGGCUCUUCUGCUAUGUCAGUGUCUAGUAUUGCUUCUGAAGCAUUGAGCAUCCGCCAGAAACAAGAAAAUCUCACAUCUGCUUUGUCUCUUUUGGAGAAUAGUGUCGAAUUACUUAAAGAUUCAAGUAAAAACGUGUAUUUCUCAGCUGGAAUUACGAAUGAAAUCAGGGAUCCAAGUGGAUGGAACAGCGAUCAAGUGAUUAAAUUUCAUAAAGUCAUUUCAAACGUAGGUGGGGGCUACAGUUCAUCAACAGGCGUGUUCACUGCACCAGUGGGUGGGGUUUACGUGUUCAGCUGUUACAUACUUACUGAUAAAUCUUCUUUGUAUGCUUACUUGGAAGUGAACGGUUCGAAGAAAUUUAACAUUCUCGGAUACACUCCAAGUGGUAGUGCAGAUGAUGUUGAUAGUGCCGGAAAUCUUAUUGUUUUGCCUUUACAGCAGGGUGAUCGUGUCCUGAUGAAGAAAACUGGUGGAAAUAAUAUCAGGUCUGUGGGUGCGGCACCAUCCACUACUUUUUCUGGUUUUCUUUUAUACUGA